GAAGGAGGAGCAGCGCGCGCUUCCUGUUUGAGAUUUCGCGGGAGAGCUGCUGAGGCGCUUCUGUCAACAACAUCCACAAUUAAGUGCAUUUGUUGAUUAAUCUAAGAGAAAAAAAAUGAGUUUGUGGGUGGAUAAAUACAGACCCAACUCCCUCGCCAAACUGGACUAUCACAGAGAGCAAGCUGCGCAGCUGAAAAACCUGGUCCAAUGUGGCGACUUCCCACAUUUGUUAGUGUAUGGCCCCUCGGGAUCUGGAAAGAAAACCCGUAUAAUGUGUUUGUUGAGGGAGCUGUAUGGAGCUGGAGUGGAGAAACUGCGAAUCGAGCAUCAAAGUAUUGUGGCUCCAUCAAAGAAGAAAAUUGAAAUCAAUACGAUAGCAAGCAAUUAUCACUUGGAAGUUAAUCCCAGUGAUGCAGGAAAUCAGGACCGUGUUGUGAUUCAGGAGCUGAUAAAAACAGUAGCUCAGUCCCAGCAAAUCCAGUCAAACACUCAGAGAGACUUCAAAGUGGUCCUACUAACUGAAGUGGACAGGCUCACCAAAGAUGCCCAGCAUGCUUUGCGUCGCACCAUGGAGAAGUACAUGUCCACCUGCCGCCUUAUCCUCUGCUGUAAUUCCACCUCUAAAGUCAUCGGCCCAAUCAGAAGUCGAUGUCUGGCUGUCAGAGUGCCUCUUCCGAGUACAGAAGAGGUGUGUAGUGUUUUGGCUGCUGUGUGCAAAAAAGAGGGGCUUCUACUUCCUCCUGAAUUGGCAAAGCAAAUAUCUGAAAAGUCUGGUCGUAAUCUGCGCAAAGCUAUUUUAAUGUGUGAAGCCUGUAGAGUGCAACAGUAUCCAUUCUCAGCAGACCAGGAUGUUCCAGAGACUGACUGGGAGGUUUAUCUGAGGGAGACUGCCAAUGCAAUUGUGAGCCAGCAAAGUCCUCAAAGAUUGCUGGAGGUGCGUGCCAGAUUAUAUGAGCUCUUGACUCACUGCAUCCCACCUGAUAUGAUUAUGAAGGGUCUUGUAAAUGAACUGCUCAGCAACUGUGAUGGCCAUUUGAAGACUGAAGUGGCUCAUAUGGCAGCGCACUACGAACACAGGCUGCAGCUGGGAAGCAAAGCCAUCUUUCAUCUGGAGGCUUUUGUCGCCAAGUUUAUGGCCAUCUACAAGAAAUUUAUGGAGGAUGGACUGGAUGCCAUGAUGUUUUAAAAAUACUUGUUGUACUUUGCCAAAAAAGGAUGACUGUUGGCUUUAAACCUCUACAGCACUAGCAAAUUUGGGAUUGUGAUAGCUUCCAUAAUUCAUUUCAGACAUAUGCAGAUGCCCGUUUAAUAAAAAAAUGCAUGCUUGG